UCUUGCUGAUGUCUGGACACAGUUGCGAAAAAUGUCUAUGGAAUAUGAUGGACUUGAUCCAAGCCAUUAUGUUUCACUUCUAGCAUAUUCUUGGGAUGCUAUGCUUAAGAUGACAGGAGUUAAAAUUGAGCUCUUUACAGAUAUGGCUAUGCAUGAUUUUAUAGAAAAGGCUAAGCAUGGAG